AUGUCCAACGCUCUCCAAAGCCACCGGCCCGUCGUGCCGAUGCCGCGUUGGUCCAACGCAAUUGGCUGUGCGAGGGCUGUCAUCGCAAUCCUGGUCCUGGCCUUUACUGCCGCCAGUACUGGUAUUUGGGGCGGAUAUCCCGCCUUCGGUAUUACAUUACUCACUGCGUCAGCAACGUUGAUCGUCUUUGCCUACUAUUUCGUCGCGUUGUCUUGCAAGAGAGCGCUCUACAACCGCUGGGCUAUUCUCGCCAUCGAAGCCUGUGGUACACUCUUGUGGCUGGUCAGCUUUGCACUGCUAUCAAGAUGGACGAGCUUCUACCACCGUUUCUGGUAUGGCAGCGGACAGAGCUAUGGCUUCUGGCAUGCUCCUUUCAGGCCUUCGGACAUAGGUCUUAGUCCGAGGAGCAUCGUCAAGAGAUAUUCGAGUACCAGAAGAGCAGGCGUAGCCCUCGCGGGAACGGCUGCUGGGCUCGGCGGUCUUGAAUUGUAA